UUUUAUGUCUACUACUGUAAAAUUCCAAUUUACAAAUCGAAAUUUUCUAGCCCAAUGUGUGCGUAAAUUAAUCAUAAGAAUAAUUUAACAACAGAUUUUAUAUUAUAACAAAAUGUAAAUAUUAUGUUCAGAUAAAUCAUAUGGGAAAUUAAAGAACACAAGUUUUCAGAAAUACUUCUAUCAUUGAUGUCCAAAUUCAAAAUUUCACCAUCUAUUCAAGUAAACACGCUCUAAAUUUCAUGUUGCCAUCGCGACAUGCUCAGAAGAAUCACUAACCGUCUCCGGAUUGACAGGCCACGUGUGAGAUACUCUGGUACCUCAUGCACAGCUCAGAAGCAAAAAGGACUAGUCCUCGGAGUGUACGAUGGCUGCUGCCCGGGAGAAUUUAAAUUGUCGCCGACGGCCGCAAAAUUCGAUGAAUGUGUCUCAGGUCGAUUGACUGAAUUGUUAAAAGGGACUAAGUUGAAAUCUGGCAAAGUCCAGGUUUUCGGUAACUUAGGGGAUGAGUUCUACUUGGUGGCUGCGGCUGGGUUGGGGCCGGAAAGUGCCACAACCAAUCAGGCAGAAGGGCUGGACGAGUGUAAAGAGUACAUCCGAAUCGCAGCAGGUGUAGGUGCUCAAGCACUACAGGACCAGACUAUUACCAAUAUAUUCGUUGAAGAAUUUACCAACGCUGAAUCUGCAGCGGAAGGGGCAGCUUUGGGCGUAUGGCGUUACCAGGAUUGGAAGGCCAAGGAACAGCAGUUAACCGCUUCCGCUAUCGACCUUUAUACUGGAAAUGACAGGGAAGGUUGGAAUCGGGGCCUUGUUAAAGCGGAGGCACAGAACAUGGCAAGAGAAUUAGAAGAGGUGCCUGGAAACCUCAUGACUCCGUCCAUAUUCGCCCGGUUCGUCCAAGAGCAUUUGUGCCCUUGCGGGGUUACUGUUGAGACAAAGGAUAAAGACUGGAUCGAGAGGCACCACUUCCACGCUUUCCUCACGAUGGCCAAAGGAUCCUGCGAGCCGCCAGUGCUCAUCGAGCUCAGGUACUGCGGAGUGCAGUCCAACGAGAAACCGAUUGUCCUAAGCGGCAAAGCGGCCACCUUCGACACUGGAGGCUUGUGCCUGAAGGCCUGCAAAGGGAUGUCGGUCCAUAGGGCCGAUAUCGCCGGAGCUGCCGUCACCGUGGGAACGUUCAGGGCGAUAGCUAGGAUGAGGCUUCCCCUAAACGUGACAGCCCUGCUCGCCGUCUACGAAAACAUGCCGAGCGGGAUGUCCGUAAAGCCAGGAGACGUCGUCAUGGCCCGAAACGGGAAGACCAUAAGGAUCGAAGAUACGGAUAACGACGGAAGAGUCGUUCUCGCCGAUGUCCUAUCCUAUUCGUCUGUCUAUCAGCCGUGUCUCGUCAUUAACAUGGGAACUUCUAACCCCGGUCUUCUGACCAGUCUCGGAGCGCCGCCGAAUGGUGUCUUCUCGACAUCAGAUAUCAUCUGGUGGGAGAUGCACAGAGCUGGCAUGUACACCGGAGACAGGGUCUGGAGACUCCCGUUCUGGAAAUUCUUCCGUUCACGUGUCACAAACUUUGUUGGAGUGGACACGACCAACGUCGGACGAGGACCGGGCGGUUACCCGUGCCUGGCAGCUGCAUUCCUUUUAGAGUUUAUCCCGCCGUGCAUAGAUUUUGUCAACAUCGAUAUAUCGGGUACUGGUACGGUCAACGUGCACACUGGGAUGCCUUAUUUAAGAAAGCAGAGCAUGUCCGGUCGUCCUGUCAGAACCAUUGCCCAAUUUCUGUAUCAAAUAGCUUGUCCUCAUGAGUACAUUCACGAUUGUUAACCAGUGUUUUUUUGAGUAACAUUAAAAAUUAGUAUUUAAAAAAACUAAAAAAUACAAGGGUUGUUUGUAAAA